AUGGAGGAAAUGGAAGCAAAAAGAAGGAUAGUAUUAGUUCCAGCUCCAGCACAAGGUCAUGUAACUCCAAUGAUGCAACUCGGGAAUUACCGUUGCUCACGGAGAAUUUAUCGAGUAAGCUCUUCUUCUCGACACAUGUCUGGUUUUCAAUUUGUCACUAUACCAGAAAGCUUACCAGAGUCUGAACUCGAGAGACUCGGAUUAGUCGAGUUUAUGCUGAAGCUCAACAAAACCAGCGAGGCAAGCUUCAAGGAUUGUAUAGCUCAGCUAUUGCUACAACAUGGCAAUGAUAUUGCAUGUAUCAUCUAUGACGAGUUCAUGUACUUUUGUGGAGCUGCAGCUAAGGAGUUCGAGAUUCCCAGUUUCAUCUUCAGUACUCAAAGUGCUACAAAUCAAGUUUUACGCUGUGUAUUUAGCAAACUCAAUGCCGAGAAGUUCUUGAUCGACACUGAAGAUCCUCAAGUGCAAGACAAGGUGGUGGAAAAAUUGCAUCCAUUAAGAUACAAACAUCUACGACCUUCAGGAUUUGGGCCAUUGGAGCCACUUUUGGAGUUCCGUCGGGAAGUAGUCAACAAAAGAACAGCUUCGGCUGUUAUUGUAAACACGACAAAUUGUCUAGAGAGCUCGUCUCUGUCAUGGCUGCAACAAGAACUCGGAAUUCCAGUGUACCCAUUAGGCCCUCUUCACAUUACAGCUUCAACGAAUUCUAGUUUCCUCGUAGAGGACAGGAGCUGCAUUGAAUGGCUGAACCAGCAUACACCAAGGUCGGUGAUCUACAUAAGCUUGGGAAGCAUACAUCACAUGGAAGCUAAGGAAAUUUUGGAGAUGUCUUGGGGACUUUUAAAUAGCGACCUGCCAUUCUUAUGGGUCAUCUGA